UCCACUUCUAAAUUUAUUAUAUCAAUAAAUUCUUAAACACAUCCGAAAUUACUAAAACAAUAAUUUCGCGACGCGUGGCCGAGUGCGCCCAUUGGCGAUACAGCCUGGUGAUUAAAUUAAUGUAGCGCGAGCAAGAUGGCGGAAAGCGAGGAAUGCGCGGGAAGUUCACUGUGCGUGGAUUCAAUUACAGUCAACACCUGUCUUAAAAAAGGGAUGAAAAGAUGCUCUGGGUGUGGACUGGAACAAGGGAUUGCAAAAAAGGUUUGCAAGAACCAAGGUUGUUCUUUGAGGUUUCCAACAAAAGAGAAGAAUUUGGAUGCUUUAAAAAAUAUGAGCAAUCCGAACAUUACGCAACAAAGGAAGCACAUGGAAAAACGAGCUGAUAUUCUGAACAUCCACAACAACUGUGAUAUUGUCAUUUUAAUGCAUCACAAGCAUGGAAGUGGCGAUACGUUAACUUUCUAUGGAACGGAAGGAGCUGGAGUUUCUUUCAUCGGAAACAAAAGUACCAUAGAGACUUCCGAAGGUGGUCGAGUAGCACUCAAUUUAUUUAGAAAAUUCAUUGAAGAGUAUAAAGAAAAAGAAGGCUUGCAACAACUGCCUGAAAAACAGCAACAAGAACAACCACAGCAGCAGUCAGAAGAACAGCAUCCACAUGAACAACUUCCACAUGAACAAUUUCCACAUGAACAACAAGAGCAACAACAACGACGACAAGAAGAAGAACAACAACAACAACAACCACCACCACAACAUGACUGCCAACCAGAGGAAGAACAACUACUCUCAUGA